AUGGAUGUACACUUUGAGCUGAUAAAUGACCAAACCAAUGCGUCGCAAGUGUUACGACCGCUGUUGGUCACGAAUGAGUCGAUAGUACCACUGAAAAGGAAAGACGAAACCGUCGUUAAGCAAGCAACCGUGAUUACCAGCAGUCCUGUCUUCGGAGACGUUCAAACCGGUAAAAUAUUAAAAAAUUGACCAUUGGCGUUUGCCCUUUAAACCGAUUCUGAAUCUAUUUAAUCAAGAAUUCUUAAAAUGCAGCGUGUAGCUAUCGAACUCUGGGUAAACGUUAGGUAGGCACGAACGAAGCAUUGAUAAAAAUUGCUCGAAACGAUAGCCAAAAGCAUUUCUAGGUUUUGGAUUUCUUAGAACCAAGUAGAAACUUCUCUAGUGCAUCCUUACCUGGAUGGUCACACAGCCUUGGCGCUAAACAUUUCAUUAAUAUCAUAAUUAAAACAUAAAAACGUUUGAAUUUACUAAAAUGUAGCAGGGAAGUGACGAGUGUUUCCUGUUGUGCGUACACGACCUAAAAAAUAUCAGCAUUCACUGCAAACAUUUGACUUUUUUUGAGCAAUUUUUGACCAACUUUUUGAGAAAUUACUGGAAACUUUUUUGGGAAAUCUCGAGCAACUUGUAGGUUUUCGUCUCAUGGUUGAUUUUAUUACCACUUUUUGGUAUCCUGAAAACUUUUUAUACUUACUUUAUUAUUGAAAUAAUAUCUUCACAAACUCUGCUGUAAAAAAAAAUGCGUAAAGUUAACGCGUACUUCCGCUUUAGUUAGGGUUAGCUUCCCUUUACGGAAUAUUAAUAAAGAAAAAAAAUUAAAGCGUUGACUCUGUUUUUAUAUUAAAAAACAAGUUUUCAAUUCAAUUCAAGCUAUUCAAUUCUUGCCAUUGCCAAGAUGCGACGUGGAGACAUGAUUUCUUCCAUUUAGUAAUAAGCGACAAAGGAACAGUUACCGGUUAUAUUAUAGGAAAUUGGCCCUUCUGACCUGCUUAUUCAAUCUUUGUUACUAUUGUCAGGUGAAGAUUUCGCCAAGUCAGCUUUGGACUACCACAACAAAUUUCGUCUGAUUCACGACGCACUGCCGCUAAGGCUCAAUCUAAAUAUGAGCAAAGAAGCUGAGCACUUUGCAAGGAAACUUGCUCUAAACGGUGCCAAAAACCUUCCCAUGAAACACGAAGAUCAAUUCGUCCUUACAAAAGAAAAUGAGGGCGAAAACAUCGCUGCAGGAGGUAGUCGUGCUGGAGGAUUAACUGCUUAUGGUGCAGUUAAAAACUGGUAAGGAACAAAUAAAUCAUUGAAGAAAAAGACCUUUCAUUAAAGAAGGGUGGAUGACGCAUUAUACGGAAAAAUAUUGCCUUCAAUUAUGAAGACCGAGCUUUGUAAUCUGGAGGCGAGGCGACCGUGUGAGUUAAGGUUGUUCAAAAUUGGUUCUCGUCUUUUCUUCGGAGUUUUUUCUCGGGUAGCUCACUUUUCGAUCUUUUUCGUCAAAUAAAUAUAUGAAUGAAUAACUUAUUUUCAAUGAUGUCGGUAUUGAACAUACAACACUAAUUUUUGGGAGAUUUUUUACGAGUUUAUAGGUUUUUCGCACUAAUAUUUAACCAAGUUCAAUAAUGCAAAUCAUUGCAUUUAUAUUUUUAGCCACGUAAGAAUGAUUUGCAAAUAGGUAAGUAAGCAAAUUAGUGAAACCUUGAAAAAGCCCCUAUAUAACGAUAAAAAACACCGAUAAAAUUCUCGGUCUCGAAAAUUUACCGAAACAGGGCAACUAAAUGACUACCUCUGUUGUCCGAGCAGUUGUGAGGGGCAAAUUCAUUGUUCGUUAUAUUAUAUGUUAUGGGUGAUUUCAAUAGACUUACUUAGCUUUGAAAGAUCUAAAUUUAGCUACGAUUUGCUUUUAGCCCUUCAAAAAGCUGCCAUCUCAUUCCCACAGUUGAUAAGUCAAGCGUCAGCGUGCGUAUGUUGAGAUAUUGAGCACGCGAGAAGUUUGCAGUGCACGAAAGAGGAGUAAGAGUUGUUCGAGGGGCAGCCGAGUGCUACUCCAGCCUCUAGAGUGCGAUCCAGACUUCCCAUUAGUGCUCAUGCAAUAUCUCGAAAUACGCAACGGCUGAAGCAUAAACUAGUUGUUUUAUAACAUUAUCGAAGACAUCAAUGCUGUAGAUAACGUAAAAAUUUAUUAUUUUAGCGUGCGCUCAAAGCACUGGUACGCGUCUACCUGACCACAUUUUUUUACCUCACAGUUAGAUCUUUAUCUUGAAACCGAGUGUACGUUCAUUCAAGUCGCUUAAGAUAACAUUUAAAAAGAUUGUUAAAUGCAUAUUGAGGUGCCGAAAAACUAUUAAUUCACCAAAAAAUUAUUUUGGAGGGAAACAACUUUGCGAAGAAUGAUUUGCACACGCCAAGGCAUGAUGGCCCGCAGAGGUACCGUAGAUGACAAAAACAACAACAGCACGCGCCUCUUUUACGGACUAUCGGUUAACAAAUUAAAACGUUUUCUCUUAAAUUUACGUUAUAAAAUACGUUUUAAACACUUCAUCGUGCGCCGUUAAGUUAUGGAUGCACUUGGGAGACGUCUUGGCCGGGUUACUUUAAAGCUCACAAGAACUCGAGGUAUAGUUUGGUGACGUCAUCAGCGUGUUCAAAGGGAAUAUGAACUACGCUUGCGCUAUUGAAUUUGUUUAGGCGUAUAUUCUAGUUAUGUUAUAACCACUGUUAUUAAAAACUGAAUCACUGGAUUAUGCAAUUCCAGAGCUGUGAUCGGACUAGUCAUAUGAGCCAUUAUACCAUGCUCUCCAAAUAUGGUAACUGUACGCGUCUGCUCAAAAUUAAAAACAACCUGAAAAUCGGUUGUUUUUACAAAUAAAGUUUGGAACAAUUCUCGAAAUUUUGUGGGCGUUUUUGAUAAAACAAUUAUUCCACUCGCGCUUGUUGGAUAUGAGAUUUAAAAACAUACUCGGCGCUACGCGCCUAUUUGGCUAUCCACCAUCUCAUAUCCAACGCACACUCGUGGAAUAAUUGUUAAAUAAACCAAGUUUAAAUUCUUGCCAGCGGUAAUAUUGCUUUUGACGAUAGCUGGUGGUCACUUUUCCAUGGGAUUUUUACGUGCAAAAGCACUGGGUUAGAGAUAUAUAGGCAAUGUAAUUUUUUUCAGAUUUGGCGUAAAACUGUGGAAUGAGAUACCGUGUACCUUGCGAAAUCUACCCAAGAAAAUAAAAUAGUUACCAUUUUACAAAACGUUCGACUGGUUAAAUAAUUACUUUAAUUAAGUCUUUAAAGUUUCAAUUGAUUUUUUUUCUCAACUUUUAAAGUUAUAGUUUCUUUAACUGUGUCAGUAUGUAAUAACAUUCAGUUGCCUGUUCUUAUGUCCUAGAUUUGCAAUUGUAAACUCCGCGUCAGUGUAAUUAGUUAAGUUUUAAAAUUCUUGAAAUAAAAUUUUGUUGUUGCUGUUGUUGUAUUUUGGGGAUUCACCGUGGAAAUCUUUUCGAUCAAGUCACAGUUGAAACUAAUUUUUGUGUUUUCUUACCAUGUAGGUAUAACGAAGUCUGCUUUUAUGACUGGGCAAAAGGAGGCUAUGAACCGCUAGCCAUUCAUUUUAUGCAAGUUAUCUGGAAAAAUACCAAAGAACUAGGCAUUGGAAAGGCGAAUACAAUAAAGAACGGCAAACCUUACACAUACAUCGUUGCACGCUACAAACCAAGGAUUGACGAUGACGUUUUCAAAAACAUUGCGAAGGGCAAGUUCAACCAGUUAUACUGCAGAAAUAUUUUGGCAUUUUCCCGUUCAGAAUUAGCCCAGCACAAGACCAACUCGUCGUUGCAAAAGGUGCAGGAGAGAAAAUUUAAUUAUUUCGCAAAUAAAUCAGCAAAGUUUCAGCCACCACUGGAUAGCUCUCGCAAACAGCUCUCAACCGACCCAAUAAAAAAUAAUGUUAAAUUACUUUCAUGGUUUCGCCCAGUGCAACAACAAUCAAAGCAGACCCUUUCAGAUGAAGUUCAAAAUAAAGACAAAUACAACUUUCAACAAAACCCAGCACUGGGGCGCGUUUCAAAAAAUUCAAAUUUUUACACCAACAAUCUGGCUAAUUCUCCUCUCAUGAGGGGUGCUCCUAGAAUAACGUCGAGUAGAUUUAGCGCUGAAAAGAACCGUGGAAGUUAUAAGAGCAGUACGCAAUACAAUAAUGUAAACUACAGGAAUAGAAACCUAGCGAACAUAUUAGGAGCUGGACAACUUUAUGAACGUGGUCCGCAAGAUGACAAACUGAGCUUUUUUGCCGGCAAUUCUUUGGGUGCUGCCAUCAUCAAUCGAUCAAGGCAACCACAGGCUUCGUCCACUGUAAAGCAGGCGGAAAUUUUAGGAAAGUUUGCUGAGAAAAGAAGACCUUAUAACUGGGAAUAUGGACGAGAUAGUGAGAGGUAUCAUUUGAAUGAGAUGGUUCCCUAUCGACUUUUUCCAGCGACAAGUAGUGGAAAGACCGGAAAUAAUGACAAUUAUUACGAAGAAUUUUUUUCUGACUAUGACCCCAGGAAGAAGAAUUACGUGCCAAAGCGUUCACAGUGGAAUCUUAUUUCAGGUUAA